GAUCGUUUCCUUCCUACGGCCAAUGUUGCUAGAAUUAUGAAGAAGGCUAUUCCUAAGUCUGGCAAGAUAGCUAAAGAAGCAAAGGACUGCGUUCAGGAGUGUGUCUCCGAGUUUGUCAGUUUCAUCACCAGCGAAGCUAGUGAGCGGUGCCAGCAAGAAAAACGCAAAACGAUAAACGGGGAGGACAUUUUAUUCGCCAUGACGGUUCUUGGCUUUGAUAAUUACGUUGAGCCACUUAAGGUUUACCUGCAAAAAUAUCGAGAGGUUCUUACUUAA